GUCUGUUUUGAAAGAGUUGGCCGGGCGCUCGCGGGGCUAGUCGGAAAUGCGCCUUCCGUGCGAGGUGGUGGUGGUGAGUCGCCUGCUGCCCUCAGCGGGGAUGCGGGGUCCGGGACGCGCCGUCAGGGCUCUGCUCGCUCUGGGGAAGCCAACCGGAGGAGACGGGGGCGUCUGGCUUCUGGUCAGCACUGCCCGCCACCGCCCUGGAGCGAAGUACCAGUUGAGAGAGAACAUAGAUCAGCUUUUUACCAAGUUCGUGGAGGAAGGAAAAGCUACUGUACGGCUAAAAGAACCAGCUGUGGAUAUUUGUCUCAGCAAGGCAAAUGUCAGUCAGCUGAGGACUUUCCUUUCUGCAGUGAAAUUGGCUCAUCAAGGAACUAAAGAGGAAACCUUACCGCUUUCCAAGCUGGUGUCACCAAAAGCCUCUGAAGUUGAAAAACCAAAGACUAAGAUGACCAUAACAUCAAAGAAGGAUUAUCCUUUAACUCGGAAUUUCCCGUACUCUCUGGAGUUUCUCCAAGCCUCCUAUUGCAAAUUAGCUCAUAUAGAUAUGCGUAUGCUUUGCCUGAGAAGCCUCCGGAAACUGGACCUGAGCCACAAUUGUAUUAAGCAGCUGCCAGCAACUAUUGGGGACCUUGUUUGCCUUCAGGAGCUCAAUCUGCAGGAUAAUCAGUUGGAGUCAUUCAGUGUGGCUCUAUGUAACUCCACUCUCCAAAAGUCACUUCAGUCUCUGGAUCUCAGCCAGAAUAAAAUCAGAGCACUGCCUGCACAGUUUUGCUACUUGCAGAAACUCAUGCAUUUGAAGUUAGAUGAUAAUAAUCUGAUUAGAUUGCCGUUCAAGAUUGGUCAACUGUGCCAUCUCCGCUUCUUGUCUGUGGCUCGUAAUAAACUCCCAUUUUUGCCCAAUGAAUUUGCUAAACUGUCACUUGAGAGCCUGGAUUUAUUUGGCAAUCCUUUUGAGCAGCCCAAGCCACUUGUUCCUGACAUACAGUUAAAAAUACCACUGACUUUACUAGAAUAUUCUGCAAGGGCAACCAUCAAUUACAGGAUCCCAUACGGUUGCCACAUUCUUCCUUGUCACCUUUGUGAUGAUCUUGACAUGUCAAAAACUUGUCAGUGUGGACGUGCUUGCUUGACCUGCUUCAUUCAAACAACAGUGACUAUGAAUCUGCACAGUGUGGCGCACACAGUUGUUCUUGUGGAUAAUAUGGGGGGCACAGAGGCUCCCAUUCUUUGCUACUUCUGCUCUCUCACUUGCUAUUCUCAGUUUCUGGACAGACAUCUGCAAAGUGUGAGGUAAUCAGAUUGUGAACUGAGAAGUUUCAUUCAGCAAGUGCUGACUUCUAUUUCGUACUGAAAAGGAAACAGUAAUGUGCUGGAACCAGGCUUCUCAUCUGUAAACUAUCUCCCUUUUUGUUAUCUGAAGAUCGUUGAAGGCUGCAUAAAGUGUUUAAGCUGCCUGUUAGGUACUACUUCUGAUGCCAAGUGCAAGUUCCUUCCUCACUCCUGUUUAAUGCUGUGAAUGGAAUAGCCAGAGCUCACUUAUGCUCCCAACUGCAAAAAAAAUCCUUUUCUAUUCUUAUAUUAGUACUAUUUCUUCUUAUAAAAUCAGUAAUGCUUUUCUGGGUAAAAACAGCUACUUUCAGAGAUGCUGUAGAACAUGCACUGCUUUGAAUGCAGAAUUUACAAUCAUGUUUUGAAGAAAAUUUAUUUCAGCAUUCCUGACAAACAGUAUUCUUUGAACAUGGGGAAUGCUGAACUCAUGACAGUAUCUGGUAUUCAUUUUUAAAAAUGUGCACUUUGUGCAAUCUUUGUGUGCUUAUCAAAGGAAAAUUUGCCAUCUAUGUUGCCAAUUGUAUUUACAAGCAGUCUAAUUCAAAACAGUAUUUUUAAAACAGUUUAUUAUAAGGAUCACUUCACGUUACAUUUUGCACACAAGAAUGUAUUGACUACAAAAUAAAAUUUACAGUGUGUUUAUGAUAUUGUAGAGGAUGGUUUCCAGACACUAUCUAUUGAGCUUUUAAAAUCAGUAUGAAAAGAUUUAUUAUCCAGUCAGAUGGAAAUUGUGCUUAGAAUUAAAUGCGCUUAAACACACCCUGAAUCUAGAAAUUCAUUUCCAGUGUCGAAGCAAAAUACAGAAGUCCUCUUGUCCCCGCAAACAAGGAAAUAAAACUUCUUAAUUUUAAUUAUUUUAAAAGUCAUUUUGUAACAGUUAUUAAAUGACUGGUAAUAAAAACUUUUAUUGAGUUACUGCCGAUUGCUCAGACAUCAGCCAGAUCCUAAUUAUUUUAUAUCCUUCUACAAAUAAUGACUAAGCAAUCUACCAAGCUUGUCACAUGCACGUGCUAUGUGCUAAAAAUUUCACAGAUAUAGCUUAUGUAGAACAUUAUUGUAUUGCUGUGGGGUGAAGAUGAGCAGACAAGGAGAGAAAUGUGAAUUUUGAGGGAGCUGACUGCUUUCCGGAAGGCGCAGGCAGGGAAUCUUCCCUCUAGUUCUCCGGUUGCCAGUCAUCUUUGGUCUCCCGGAGCGUAUCUAUACACGUGAUUGAUUACGUGCUAUCAAGUCAUUGUCAACUUUUACCAUGCUCUGUUCCCAACCUGGUCUUUCAGGUCUUAUUGAUACACGUACCGUAUGGCUAACAAGCUAGGAUAGUAAGAAAACUUACUAUCCUAGCUUGUUGCCCAUUGUCUACAAUGAAAGUCAUUUGAAAGGCCAAAAAAAUUGGGCAGCAGAGUAUCUGCUCUUUUUGCCUCCUACCGAUCCGA